AGAUUAGGUCGCGUCUCGAUAUAGUCUUACUCGAGCUGUACUGUGUUUACAUCAGGCCAGUCGACACUGACGUUUUCAAAAUGAACGGAGAUGAAGGCAACCCCGUACUUCUGUACGCGCAUCCUUCCAUGAACAGGCUGGCGACACAGAUCGUUGAGAGAUGUUCGGGAGACAUGCCAGAAUCACAGAAGAAAAGACUGAGAGCUGAGCGGUCCAUCUCUGUAUCCAGCCAGCGGAAUGUCGAGUAUAAACAGACGAUCCAGUGGGGAAAGUUCAAUGAUGGCUUCCCGAACCUGUUCAUCCAGGAAGUGAAGGAGAUGGCUGGGAAAGAUGUGAUAUUUCUGGGAAGUUUUCACUCUCCAGAAGUCAUAUUCGAGCAACUUUCUAUCCUGUAUGCUUUCCCAAGGUACCUGGCAAAGUCCUUUCACUUCAUACUUCCCUACUUCCCUACUGGCACAAUGGAGCGAGUUGAUCGGGAAGGUCAGAUCGCCACAGCAAAGACGCUGGCUACACUACUAUCAGCCAUCCCACUCACCAGCAAGGGACCUGCACAGAUUAUCAUCUUUGACAUCCAUGCUCUCCAGGAAAGGUUUUACUUCUCUGAUAAUGUCAUACCAAGGCUUGAUACAGCUAUUCAGCUGUUGCAACGCGAGGUUGAGCGACUUGAGGACCGAUCUAAUCUUGCGUUUGCUUUCCCUGAUGAUGGGGCCUUCAAGCGCUUCCACCUUCACUUUGCUGGGGAACAGACCAUCAUUUGUGCCAAGAUCCGUGACGGAGACAAGAAAAUAGUGAAAGUUAAAGAAGGCAACCCUGAGGGCAAGCAUGUGAUCAUCAUUGAUGACUUGGUCCAAACAGGUGGAACGCUGAAGGAGUGUGGGAAGGUGUUACUGGGACGAGGAGCUGUUGCUAUCAGUGCCUAUGUCACUCAUCCCGUGUUCCCCAACGAGUCAUGGAAGAGAUUUGUAGACACUGAUGUUCCAUUCAAGAACUUCUGGAUCACAGACUCCAUUCCACAUGCAGUCGACAUUGCACAGCAUAAACCAUUCAAACUUUUGUCCCUCUGUGAUGUGGUGGCAGAGUCACUCCUGGGCUAUGACCUCAUGCCACAGUGACCUCAAGGUGCAGUGAAGCCACCAGAAUACAUCAAUGACCUCAAGGCACAAUGUUCACUGGAAUGUAUUUGUUAUUGUGACAAGCUCAUCUAUGAGUGGGUCCAAAUGAUGUAUUUACUGAUGUGUACAGUUUCAACUGAGUUGUGUCAUCUGCACAACUAUGACAGUUGCUAGAUACCGUACCAGGUCACACCAAUACAAUGUGUGGAUAUUAAUUAGUUCAAAAAACCCAUUCUCAGUAUGACAGUAGUAUUUUCAGUUUGUAGACAUUGACAAGUGAGUCACCAGUAAAUACAGAUAACAUUCACAGUACUGGGCCUCCCCACCUUGAUUGUGACAUUAAACACCAUCUCCGAUACCUGAUAUCAAGCAAGUGACAUCCUCUUCAUGUCCACUGGAGGCGGUGGGGUAGCCUAGUGGUUAAAGCGUUGGCUCGUCACUCCGAAGACCCGGGUUUGAAUCCCCACAUGGGUACAAUGUGUGAAGCCCAUUUCUGGUGUCCCCCGCUGUGAUGUUGCUGGAAUAUUGCUAAAAGUGGCGUAAAACCAUACUCAGUCAGUCAGUCAGUCAUGUCCACUGUCUCAGUCACUCACACCAAGUCCACUGGCUCAAUCACUCACAUAGAGUCCACUGGCUCAAUCACUCACAUAGAGUCCACUGGCUCCACCACACACACCAAAUAUAUUGGCUCCACCACUCACAUCAAAUUCACUGGCUCCGCCACAUGCAUCAAAUAUAUUAGCUCACUUUACACACAUCAAAUCCACCAGCUCCAUCAUACACAUUGAGUCCACUGGCUCCAUCUGCUAAAAGAAUAAUAAAAGUGUGUUAUACAUAAGAUGCAAGUAAUUAUAAUACUUACCUAAUCAGACAACGUUUUGUAGGAAUGGUUUCUACUUAUUUGUUGAUAUUUAUUUGUGAAAAGUUCUUUAAAUAAAAUAUAUCAAUAAAGA